AUGUACUAUGACUUAAAGAAGAUGUUCUGGUGGCCUGGGAUGAAGGGUGAUGUAGCAACAGUGUCGGAAAGGACUAUUCAAAUGUUGGAAGAUAUGAUAAGAGCAUGUGUAUUGGAUCAACCUGGAAGUUGGGAUCGUCCAGAGGUAAUAGUAGAGACUACUGAGAACAUCAAGAAGAUUCGUGCAAGGAUUCUAACUGCUCAGAGUCGACAGAAGAGCUACGCGGACCAGAGAAGGAAACUGCUAGAGUUUGAAGUGGGAGAACAUGUAUUUCUUCGGGUGAGACCAACAACUGGGAUUGGAAGAGCAAUUAAGACGAAGAAGUUGAACUCGAGGUAUAUAGGACCGUUGGAGGUUCUAAGGCGAUUCGGGCUGGUGGCGUAUCAAGUGGCUUUGUCACCUCAUCUGUCUAACUUGCAUGACGUAUUCCACGUGUCACAACUCCGUAAGUACACAUCGGAUGCGACUCAUGUGUUGGAGCCUGAGUCGGUAGAGUUGAAGGAGAACUUAACCUUCCAAGUGACGCCAGUGAGGAUCGACGACACUAGUAUGAAGAAGCUACGAGGAAAGGACGUUUUAUUGGUUAAAGUUGCUUGGGAGCGAGCAGGAGUAGAAAAGCAUACGUGGGAAUUGGAGUCUGAAUUGCGAAAGGAUUAUCCCGAGCUUUUCUCAGUGGUUGAGAUGAGUCGCAGACACUGA